UGGCAAAAAUACAUAACCUGUUUUUAUUCUAGUAUAAUGGAUUCAAAAGUACAAAAAAAAUUAAUAUCGCUUUCAGAAAUAACUAAAGCACAGUUAUCAAAAAUACUUAAUUCAUGUUCAACUCCGAAAGAUUUAAUAUUUGAUCGAAACAUCAUCAAACCUUUUGAGCGAAUAUGUGGUGUAAGGUGGCUCAAAGAACACAGGAUUGAUAAAAUCUAUAAAUUGAGCGCCCUUCCUGCUACCAUAUCAAACAACACCCAGUUUUAUUUUAUUUACACAGACUACAGAUCCUUUCAAGAUGUAGUUAAUAAAAUCAGGUCUUAUUUGAAUGUCGAAAAUCCAGAUCAUAACAAAUUUCACGUCGUUAUUAUUCCUAGAGUACUAACAAGCUUUGAAUAUACCUUAGAAGAAUUUGGACUGUAUGAACCAGUAAUAAAAUUAAUUCCUUUCCAAUGGUUUCCAAUAUAUUUAGACAAAAGCAUAUUGUCUCUAGAAAUACCAAAGCUAUUUAGAGAAGUUUAUUUAAAAAAAGAUCUAUCACUAUUACCUAUUUUUGCUAAGAGCCUCUGGCAUUUAUCUUUUGUGAUUGGGAAACCAAAAUUUACAUUGGUUCUAGGUCAAAAUUCAAAUGCGGUCCUUUCACAAACAGAAAUGUAUUUCACAGAACUACCAAAAACUGACAAACAUGAGUCAGACUUUGGGGGAUUGGUGAUAAUAGAUAGAAACAUAGAUUAUCCUAGUUGUUUAUUAACACCUGCCACUUAUGCUGCAUUGAUAAAUGAAGUUUAUAAAGUAAAUUGUGGAUUUUGUGAAUACAAACCUCAUGAUGAUGAAGCAAAAUAUGACAACAAAUACAAUCCACGAGUCGCAAAACAGCCUGUUUCUUUCAUGCUUGAUUCAGAACGUGAUUCUGUUUACAAUGACAUAAAAGAUCGUUAUUUUACUGACGUAACUUCGAGACUAUCUAUUUUAACGAAAAAUUUAAAGUCUGAAAACCCUACAUCAAGAGAAAUGGCUUUGGACGAAAUAAAAAAGUAUGUAGCAACGCAACUGCAGGCUGCUACAUCCAAGAAGAAGUUCAUAGCGACCCAUUUAGCGGCGGCUGAAACAAUUAUUAAUACCCUGGGACACCGAUUCGAAAGACAAAUUGACACCGAACGUUCGAUUCUUUUAAAUAAAAACAAAGGGGAGAAUUAUGCUUUCUUGGAACAAAUAUUAACGACAGAAAAUGACAAGUAUAUUUGCCUAAGACUUUUUUGUUUACUUGCCAUAACGCAGAAAUUAACGGAUAAUGAAAUUUGGAACUUUUUGAAUCGAUUUUACGCCGAAUACGGUUAUAAUUACGGUUUUCUAAGAAGCCAUUUGAUCAAAUGUAACUUCCUCACACCUGAUAAGGAGAUUUCAGUGACCAAUUUACAAAAUAUAGUCACUAAAAUACCAAAAUUUACUACUAGUAACUUCUACGCAACAGCGAACAAACUUAAACAAAUUCCUAAUAAUCCAGAGAAGAUUAAUCUUAAAUCGCCCACUUGUUGUAGCUACGUUUAUGGGGGUAGUUAUAUCCCUAUUGUAACACAGAUUGCAGCGAUGUUACUCAAUGCAAUUCCUCUUGCUGAAAUCAAGGCAAAACUUGAAUCUCUCGGACCAUUGACAAUAAAAAACGAAAGAGAAAGUUAUCCCCUACAACAGAAAUCACUUUUAAUUUACGUAGUAGGAGGGUUAACGUACGCAGAAGUGGCUGCAUGUAAUUUACUAGAAGCAUUAACGGGGAGUAAGAUUGUUCUACUGAGCGAUCGAAUUGUGACUGGCAAUGAUAUUAUGGAGGGCUUACUACAGGCUCCUGGACGAUGAUCAAUGGAAUUAUUUUACAAGUUAAAAUACUCAAUAACAACAAAUACUGAAAUAUAAAUAUAUCAAUGACUACCUAAACAUAUGAACAAUUGUAAAUACCAUGACAAACCUAUUUUCUAUCAAAUAAGUUAAAUAAAUAAAGUUUUUGUUUUGCA